CAUACAGCUGCGCUGCGUUCCUGCAUCUGUUGUGAAUCGGCUGACGAAAGGUUCGUGUUUUUAAGCAUUUAAGGUGUUAAAUUCAAAGAAAACAUUUCAGAUGGCGUUUAUUAAAGAAGAGAAUGAAGACUUGAGGAUUGAAGAAGCAUUUAGAAUCAAACAUGAAGAUACUGAGGAACAAACAAAGAUGGAGUUUAUUAAAGAAGAGAGUGAAAACAUGAAGAUUGAAGAAGCAUUCAGAGUUAAACAUGAAGAUACUGAGGAACAAACAGACCUGACGGCGAUGAAAGAGGAGAGUCAAGAACUGAAUGAAACACAAGAGGAAGACCAUAAUCAUUUCACGACUGGAGAAAAAUCAUUAAGUUGCUCACAGACUGAAAAGACUUCCUCACGACAAAAAGCUAAAAAAACAGCAAGUACAAGUAACUUCUCCUGUCAGCAGUGUGAAAGGAGUUUCAGAAAAAAAGGAAGCCUAAAGAGCCACAUGAGCAUCCAUACUGGAGAGAAGCCAUACACCUGUCCUCAGUGUGGAAAAGGUUUCACUCGACAUGGAAGCUUUAAAAGACACCAGAACAUUCACAGUGGAGAGAAGCCAUACACCUGCACACUGUGUGGAAAGAGUUUCACAACAGAACUUAACCUAAAGUAUCACCAGAACAGUCACACUGGAGAGAAGCCAUUCACAUGUGAUCAGUGUGGAAAGAGUUUGGGACACAAAACAACCCUUAAACAGCACAUGAGGCUUCACUCAAAAGAAUACUGUUUUAUAUGUCAUCAGUGUGGAAUGACUUUUACAGACGGCAAACACCUUGAGAAUCAUGUAACAAGUCACAUUGGAGAGAAGACUUUCUUGUGCCAUCUGUGUGGAAGGGAUUUUACACUUAAAGGAAACCUUCAGACUCACAUGAGAAUUCACACUGGAGAGAGACCUUUCUCCUGCACUCACUGUGGAAAGACUUUCACGUCGAAUGGAAACCUUCAGACUCACAUGAGAGUUCACACUGGAGAAAGACCUUUCACGUGUCGUCAGUGUAAAGAGAGUUUCACGUACAAAAGAGAUCUGAAACGUCAUUGGAGAACUCGUUGUAGAAGUGUAUUGCAGUGUAGUAGGGUUAAGUCCCACGACACUAUACCAGCUGAAGAAUCGCGAUACGAAGUAGUAUCAUGAUACCCUAUGGCAGGGGUGCCCAACCCUGUUCCUGGAGAUCUACCUUCCUGCAGAGUUUCGUUCCAACCCUGAUCAAACACACCUGUCUGUAAUUAUCAAGUGCUCUUUCAGAUCCCAAUUAGUUGGUUCAGUUGUGUUUGAUCAGGGUUGGAGCUAAACUCUGCAGGAAGGUAGAUCUCCAGGAACAGGGCUGAGCACCCCUGCCCUAUGGUAUUCUGUUAACAUAUUGAUUGAGUUACAGAAUCCUCUGCAAAUUCAUUCAGGCAUGAAGCAAAUUACUGUUUUUAUGAAUGGUUCAGAGAAUCAUUCGCCUAUUUGUUCAAAAACACUUAAAAUCUAUGGGAUCGCUAUGUAAUUGCUAGUCCAGGUUUGGCUGAAAGCUACAAGAAUGAUCAGAAUCUGUCUUGUUUCUGAAACUCUCAUUAAUUUUUAAAGGCAUGUCAUUCUGUUUUCUUACAGAGAGUUGUAAAGUUAACAUCACUCCUUGUAAAUGCAAAUCUGUUAGUUAAUUCAUUUGCUUAGGAGAUGAAGCAUUCAAGAUAUUCAGCUAGUGAUGUAGGUUUACAUGUGUCACAAAAUAAAUAUAUUAUCACUG